AUGUCCGGCUACAAUGGCCGCCGUGGCCCCAACUUCUCGCAGUACUUGAACGACCUGAACGCCGUACCCUCGCUCUUCGACCAGACCGCCCAGCAGGACCACGAGCUCUACGACGUGAGCGCCGAUCUAGCCCUCUUCACCAACGCCGAGUUUCUGGAUUACGAUUCGAAGGGUGACAUGUCAGAUCGGGCCCCUGUCGCGUUUGCAGACGCUCCAGCAGCACAUGCAGACGCUGCUUCAGCCCAGUCGAUGAAUUACCUAGAUAUGCUGAGUGACUUCAGCAUCCCUAGCUAUCAGUACCCCCCACCUCCCAUGGUCCCAGUAUCUGCACCUGCCUACUCGAUAGCCCCACCAGUUCAGCCCAUCUCGAAGCCGGUUACAAGUUUAUCCCCAGGCCCCGUCGACUCAAGCCUCGUCCAGCCUGCCCAACCUAGAAUCCAGCCUAACAACGGCGCCAAGCGCAAGCAAGAUUCGCCUAUCCUCGACGAAUCCGCGCGUCUAGCCCAGGAAGAAGACAAGCGCCGACGCAACACUGCUGCCAGCGCGCGCUUCCGCGUCAAGAAGAAGGAACGCGAGAAGACCCUGGAGCGCACCGUCAAGGACGUCACCUCCAAGAACACUGCCCUCGAAGCACGUGUCAGUGAGCUUGAGCUAGAGAAUCGCUGGCUGAAGAACCUGAUCACCGAGAAGAACGGCACGUUCCUUUCGGACAAUGAGAUAUCGAGUUUGCUGAACAAGUUUCAAGAAAGCAAGGAUGUGCAAGGUGUGAAGACUGAGAGCAGCGAGCUUCCCAGCUCAGUAUGA